CAGAUGGGAUUCACCAUGAGUAACCUGAGGAACGCUGGUGUGUUUUAUUUACAGCAUUAUGACACCAAGUGUCCCAUGGGAUGUCCUGACUUUGCCAUCGAUGGUGAUGAAGAGGACACUGCCAACAAGAUCUCAUCUGAGGACAGUGGGGAGGUGGCGUCUUACACAGAGGACAGCGACGAAUCCUAUUCGCUGGAGCUGGACACAGACCCCUCCCACACGGGCCAGAUGAACCUAUUGGAGGAGAUCCUGGACUCUCUGAGCACCACCAGUACAGAGCAGGGCAAACUCAGCGCCGCCAAGAGCCUGGACUUCAGUUCAAUGGACAACAUCAACUACAAGGCAACGAACGCGUCCAACCCCACCAGUGAGAGCAACCUGCCCCACGUGUGUACUAGUGGCAGUGGGGUGGUGGGGAGAGGAGGUGUUGGAGGAGGAGAACAGGGAGGGGGCUGGCAGGACGACGGUGCCCUCCACGGGAAGCACCUGCCCCCCUCCCCACGUAGACAGCCCAGCAAGAGCAGCCUCAAGAGGCAGAAGCAUAUCCCCUCAACAUCCUCUCCACCCGUCCUAGCUCCAGCCUCAGUGCAGGACAACCAUGUCCCCAAUCUCCAGCCCAAGACCCAGGCCCCUCAGACCAAGACCCAGCAUAAAAUCCAACCUAAUCCCCAGGCCCUUUAUGUCACACCCCCUAUCUGUCUCUCUCAGCUCUGUCCAGGGGAGUCUUCGCUCCCCACACCUCCAUCACCAUCCCUGGGAGACCACCACAUCUCAUCCAACCGCUCUCCAGCACCAACUUGUGCCUCCACACACAAUCCUCCACUGGCAACACACACACCACCGCUAACCCACACUAGAGAGUCCCCAAACCACCAGUUGCUCAGCCCUGAGUCCAAACCCCAGACCACCUCCAGCAUCCUGCGGAGGAAGGUGCUGUCCAAGGAAACGAUGAGGCAGUACCAGGACAAGAAUCUCCAGAGGCAGGGCAGCAAGAACCGAGAGAGUCUGGGGGUGAAGGCCAGGCAGCCUUCAGUGCUGGUGCCCUGGGAGAGAGAGAGCCCAGAGGAGAUGGGUCAGGGAGAGGACCUGGAGCUGUGGCAAGAACGGGGCAGGGUCUCGGGGGCAGAGGUCCAGGAGAAAGGACUUCUGGAGGAGAUAGAUUCCAUGUGUUAUCUCGGCUCAGACUUUCAGACCAGCCUACAACUGUCCCAGGUUCACUGCAAAACCAACAACACACAUGAUAAUACCCAUGACAACAACCACAGCCACAGCAAAGCCACAGACAAGUCUUGAGACAGAAGCAGGGACAGGGACAAGGGACAGGGGUGGUUGAGGUAGAAGUUGCCUCUAACCACAGAUCUACAAUCAGACUGCCCUCCUCAAAUCCUAACCUUAACCACUGAGGGAAGAAAUGCAAAAACAGACCUUGGACCGCAGGAAUUCGCAGUGACACUGCCAGGGAACUGGAAAUGAUGCGUGUGUUCGCCCUGAUACGACUCUUUGACUUACACUUGUUUUUUUCCUCUCUUCCUGCCAAGUUUAGGUGUCUCAGUUGAAGACCGGUCAUCUUGGUUCUCUUUCUAACAUGCUACAGAAUUCAAACAAACCGUCUUAUGAAUGAAACACAGACUUACCAUGUAAACAAAGGGACAUCUGUGAUGGAUUUUCACUCGCAUGAAAUGGUACUUAUUACUAAUUUACAUGGUACUAAAAGAUGAGUGUGUUUUAAUUAAUAGAGAAAACAUUUAGUUUUCCUCAGAUCUGAAGGUAUUGUAAAGACACAAAGGAACCCCCCCCCGCRACCUAAGUAACUGUUCUGCUGGAAAGUUGCCUAACACGAUGCCUUAAACAGAGCUGUGAUUUGCUGUUGGCACGGCUCAGUCUUAAAAUGUGUAAUAUAUAUAUAUAUAUAGCUGUUACUCUGGAAAUGUUUGAUCUGCUUAGAUCCACUAUCACAUGUCAUGAAUGUGGAAAAUGGACAGCUUUUUCACAGCACGUAGAGAUAGUAAAGGUAGUUUAAUAUAUGUUGCUCAGUUUAGUCUAUUUAGAUAGGUUUUUUUCUCAAGUGUUUGUUUCUCAGGAUGCUCCUGUUUGUCAGGACAUAAAGGAGAAGAGGAGUUGAGUUGUGUAAACCGAUGAUAGGAAUGAAUAGACAAUCCUCUCACUCUUUCUCUCACUCUUACUCUUUCUCUCUCUUUCUCACUGUCUGUUUCUCUCUCUCUCUCUCU